AUGGCUCCCCGUAAAAAUAGCAGUUCAGUAUCUGUAAAUGAUACAGAAGUAGAGAUAGCAUUGACACAAAGCAAAGCAGUUAAAGAAGAAGUCGAAGAAGAUGCUAAAGAAAAAGAAAGUAUCAGAAAUCUUCCUAUUGAUAGAGGUUGGGCCUGGGUUGUCGCCUUUGCAUGUAUGGGAAACACUGCCAUUUUAGUAGGUUAUCUAAUGUGUAAUGGUAUUUUAUUUGUUGAAUUCUUAAGAAUUUUUAAAUCGUCCACAACAUCUACUACAUUAAUAUUUGGUUUCACUUCUAUCAUAUUCUCUAUAUCUUCUUUCAUUGUCAUGCAAAUAAUACUGCCAAGAUUUCAAAUACGUCAAAUAAUAUGUACUGGUGGUAUCCUUAUAUCUCUUGGCGUAUUAGCUUCCAUGUUCGCACAAAAUAUAACUAUGCUUAUAGCAUCUCAGGCUAUUUUUCUGGGUAUUGGUCAAUCUAUGAUUAUGGGUGUAAAUAUUGUGGCUGUUAGUAGAUAUUUUGAUAAAAGACGAGCCUUUGCUUUGGCAAUAAGUAACAGUGGUGUUAGUAUAGCAGCCUUAGUAUUCCCUGCCUUGUGUCGACUUCUUCUAGAUACAUACGGUCUGAAAGGAACGCUGCUUAUUUUUACUGGAAUAGAACUUCAUCUUGUUGUUUUCGGUUUAUUAAUAAGACCAUUAGAAUUACCGCAUGAAAAACUGUCUCCGUCCUCAUCUGCUUCAAAUUUGACUGUGGAAACAGAGUCAAAAGACACUGCAGCAGAACUAAUUCCUCGCCAAAUAAGUUGUUCUUCAGAAAAAUCAUCAAAACCCAUUAAAAGUCGGCCUCGCUCUGUAAUAGCGGAGAAAAAAAACGGAUACCACCACGUUGCUUCUGAUUUUGACCAGGAUCUGUGUGAAUCUGAACUUAGACCACGUCUUCUAACCAUGACGUCAUUCGUCGGCAGCAUUGCAUCAAUUCCAAUAGCAUUAGUAGAAGAGAAGAAGUCAAGACCUAAAUCGACUAUUUUAAAGGAUAUUGUUAGUAUUUUUAAAAGUCUGGAUUUCUCAAUCUGGAAGAGACCACUGUUUAUUUUAAUACUUUUAACUAGUACAUUUGGUGUACCUAUAUAUCUCUAUAUUAUCUACUUACCGGCUAUCCUAGCUGAAUACAAUGGCGACCCUGCCGAUGUACCUAUAUUUCUUAUGAUAAUAGGAAGUGUAGAUUUUGUCAGUCGCCUGGCUCUAGGAUAUUUUGCUGAUUUAAAGUAUGUUAAAUUAAGGACUAUAAUGAUGUUAGCUAUAUCUAUAGCUGGGAUAAACUGCCAUUUAAUGAGGUUUUAUACGUCCUAUACAAGUCAGUUUGUAUGUGUAACGAUAUUUGGUAUUGUAUGUAAUAUUUAUGGUACAUUUAUAGCUGUCUAUGUGACUGAUUUGUUAGGAAUCGAAAGUCUACCAAAAGCGAUGAGCUUCCUGCAAAUUAUUCAUGGUGCCUUCCUUUCAGCAUAUCAUCCAAUUAUAGGUAUAUUAAAGGAUACAACAGGAACAUAUGUAUCAUCAUACCAUUUUCUAGGUACAUCUGCUUUACUAGCUGCCUUUUUCUUACUGCUACAACCAGUCUUUCAAAAAAUAGACCAGAAAACGAUCAUUAAACCAGAAAUCCAAGAGGAAAUAUAA